UUGUGGGAAAGGCACCGCUAGGGACCACACUUUCUCUGGCUUCCUCUCCUUCACGCAACCCAGCCCCGGGGGCCUUCUAGACACGCGCACACGCGUCCACACGCGCGCGCCCACAGCGCAACUCCUCAGGCUCAGAAAGGGAGAGAGAGAGAGAGAGAGAAGACGGAGGUGGAAGGUAGCCAGGCGCGCUGGCGUUUUGCUCGCUGCUCCUGCUUCUCCUCCUCCUCCUCCUCCCCUCCCACCCGAGCCUCUCUUUCUCUGUCCUGCCGAGGAGGAGGAAGGCAGGCAGGCAGACCAGAAGGCAGCGGGCACUUUGGGGGAGCUGUCCAGCCGGAUUCAGCACCAAAGAAGGAGGAGAGAAGUGAGAGAGAGAGAGAGCCACCUCUGGAGCUCUGGGGAUUGCCAUCUCUUCCCGCUUGGCGAAGCCAUGCCUUUGUGCCCAGUCCUCAACCCUCUUGAGGGGAAGGGGAGGAAAGGCACCAGGAGAGCAGCCCUGCCCCUCUGACUGGGCUGGAGCAAGCCUCUCUCUUUCCUUGACCCUAACUUCCAAGAUUGAGGUAAUGCUGAAGAUGGCACUUCUCUCUCCAGGAUCCUGGUUGUGAAGGAGGAGAGGAAAGAGAGAGGGAGGGGAGGGAGGGAGGGGAGGAAAGAGAGUGGUGGACACUGGGGGAGGGAAUAAAAAGUCAGAGAGAAAAGGGAGGGGAAGGGAGGCCAAAGGAUAGAGGUGAACCUGGGACCAGAGGAAGAGGUGCACUGCCAGGUCCUCUCCCCUUUCCCCCCAGCAGCUUGGGGGCUCUGGCGAGGCUCCCCGUAUUAUGUCUGCACUCCGAAGGAAAUUUGGGGACGACUACCAGGUAGUGACCACCUCGUCUAGCGGCUCCGGCUUCCACCAGCAGCAGGCGUCAGCCCACAAGAAGAAGCGCCAACGGUUCGUGGACAAGAAUGGCCGGUGCAACGUGCAGCACGGCAACCUGGGCAGCGAGACCAGCCGUUACCUGUCGGACCUUUUCACCACCUUGGUGGACCUCAAGUGGCGCUGGAACCUCUUCAUCUUCAUCCUCACCUACACCGUGGCCUGGCUCUUCAUGGCCUCCAUGUGGUGGGUCAUUGCCUACAUGCGGGGUGACUUGAACAAAGCCCACGAUGAGAAAUACACGCCCUGUGUGGCCAACGUCUACAACUUUCCCUCUGCCUUCCUUUUCUUCAUCGAGACCGAGGCGACCAUCGGGUAUGGCUACCGGUACAUCACGGACAAAUGUCCAGAGGGCAUCAUCCUCUUCCUCUUCCAGUCCAUUCUGGGCUCCAUUGUGGAUGCGUUCCUCAUUGGCUGUAUGUUCAUCAAAAUGUCCCAGCCUAAGAAGCGGGCAGAAACGCUGAUGUUCAGCGAGCAUGCAGCUAUCUCCAUGAGGGAUGGCAAACUCACCCUCAUGUUCAGGGUGGGCAAUCUCCGCAACAGCCAUAUGGUCUCUGCGCAAAUCCGCUGCAAACUCCUCAAAUCCCGGCAAACUCCUGAGGGUGAAUUUCUCCCACUCGAUCAGCUUGAACUGGAUGUAGGUUUUAGCACGGGGGCAGACCAACUUUUUCUUGUUUCGCCACUUACAAUCUGCCAUGUGAUCGAUUCCAAAAGUCCCUUCUAUGACCUUUCCCAAAGAAGCAUGCAAACAGAACAGUUUGAGAUUGUUGUCAUCCUAGAGGGCAUCGUGGAGACAACGGGAAUGACUUGUCAAGCCCGAACAUCCUACACAGAAGAUGAAGUUCUCUGGGGUCAUCGUUUCUUUCCUGUUAUUUCCUUAGAGGAAGGAUUCUUCAAAGUAGACUAUUCCCAGUUCCAUGCAACAUUUGAAGUCCCUACAGCUCCUUACAGUGUGAAAGAACAGGAAGAAAUGCUACUUAUGUCCUCCCCUUUAAUAGCACCAGCUGUAAGUAACAGCAAGGAGAGGAAUAAUUCUGUGGAGUGUCUGGAUGGCCUAGAUGACAUUGGUACAAAGAUACCCUCAAAACUGCAGAAAAUGACUGGAAGAGAAGACUUUCCUAAAAAGCUGUUGAGAAUGAGUUCUACUACAUCCGAAAAGGCCUACAGCAUGGGGGACCUUCCUAUGAAACUUCAGCGAAUAAGUUCUGUCCCUGGUAAUUCAGAAGAGAAACUUGUAUCUAAAACCACAAAGAUGUUAUCAGAUCCUAUGAGCCAGUCUAUGGCAGACUUGCCACCAAAACUUCAAAAGUUAUCAGGAGGAGGGGGUGGUAGAAUGGAAGGAAACCUCCCCCCCAAACUGAGGAAAAUGAAUUCAGAUCGAUUUACAUAACAUGAACAAAUCUUCUGGGUACCACUUCAAGUCUGAAUGCCAUGCAGCCCAAUUUGGGCAGGAAAACAAACACAAUGAAAUAGCAUUUGGUGACCAAUUUUGCUUAGAACUACAUGCCUUCGGGGACAACACCAUUCACCAACACUGAGAACUUGGUAAAAGAUCGGAAAUUCGGCUUAGGGCCACAUGAAAGCUAAAAAGCUAAUAUUAAUUGGCAUGUAGUAUCACCACAAGCAUGCAAUAAUAGUGUGCAAAUUUUGCAAAUAGUUUUAUGGCAUGGUUCUUAUUAUAUUUAUACUGUAUAUUCUGAAAAAAAUGUAAAUGGGAUAUUAUUCUCCUAUAUUUCUUAAGUAUUAAACAGUAUGUAAAACAUAAAAGUGGGUUUCCAGCAGACAAGUUAUAGAUUAAUUUGUAAUUGGUACAAUUCAGCCAAAGUUAACCAUUUUGGACAGCAAAGCUUUGUCCAAUAUAUCCUCCACAUUGAAAAAGUUUUCUGCUCUCAAGUCUCCUCUCCACCUAAUAACAGUUCCUUUGCAAGUGAAGAAUUGUGUAGGAGGGUUGAGUGCAACUUCUAAAAAUUGGAUCAGCUAAGUCCUUAAGUAUUUUUUGUUGCAAUCAGUGGAAUGUUCAAGUGUUUUACACUGGCUGAAAAAUGCCCAUUUUCUUGAUGAAAAUUAGGAUGUUUUCUCCCGACAGUUAUUGUGCAUGUUUUCUUUGUUGAGGCUAAACAUAUGAAGAAAUCCAAGCACCAAAACAUGUAGCCUUAAACUUCUUAUUUGUUUCUUUUAGCAUUUCCCUGUUUCUUUUGCUUCAACAACUCUAUAUCUAUGCUUUAUAUAAAAAAUACUUGAAUCCUGUUGGUGAGUAAUUGUCUUUUACACUGCUGCUUCCACUUCCUGCAGCUGAGGUGAGAGAAAGCAGACAGUUUGACACUAUUUUACCUGCUAUACCUUGAUGCUGUGAAAUAAUGUGAGUUGUAAUUUUACAAGGUCUUUAGCUUUCUCUACCAAAGAGUGCUGGUGCCUCAUCAAACUACAACUCCCAUGUUUCCAUAGCAUUCAACCAUGGUAUUAAAGUGGUAUCAAACAGCAUCACUACUACAAUGUAGAUGUACCUUAGGUCAUCAUUGGGAAGGAAAAGCUGCCAAUUUUGAGCAUAUACUUUUCCAGCAAUUGGGAUGAAUGGGAUUGUGUCCUUGGAGUCUGUGUGCUUUACACCAUAGGACAGGUAAUUGCUCAAGCCAGAACACCUUGUUUUCACACCACUAUAAGACAGGUAUCGAAGAAAUAGUCUGCUCAAGGUCAGCAGUUGACUUUCCCUGACAAUGCUGAUAAUAAUGGCUUUUCAUUCCUUCACUAACACUGCAUAUGCCAUCUUUUUCCUCCUGCCACCACCUUGUUGUUACUAUUGACAGACUUGAUCUUUGUAGGAAUGUCUAAAAGUGGGUGAUAGCCUUAAAAAAAACCCCUUCCUUUUUCGAAACAAGGCAUGACAUUCAAAAGACAUAGUUGGAAAACUUAUUUCAUAUUUAUUAAAUGAAUGAAGAAGAAAAAAAAAUAUCAGUUCAUCAUGCAUAUUGCUUUUGACAUAUAUGCAAAUGACAAACCUACUCCUUACACUAAAUACAUAAAAAAUUGAAGAUCUAGUCCUUCAGACAGUAAAGUUGAAUGUUGGAAACCUCAGACAAGAAUGGAACUUGGAAUGAAUUAAUUAAGGUAUUAAUUUACAAAAUUGUUCUAGUGUUUUCUAGAUCCCCAAUUGACAAUGAAGUCAUAAAUGUACUUAGUUUGUUCGAAUUCAUUAGGGUAAAUGCCUUUUCCUCUGUCAAAUUUAGUAAACCAAGAUGGCCUCGCACUUCAGAGAAAUAAUUCUUUAGAAUUAGAAAACAGUACAUUGAUCUUUUAUUAGGCAUACUAAUCUGUGAGGGUUUUGUGUGUGUGUGCGUGAAGACAUCAGAGGAGAGGAGAAGAAGAAAGAAUAUUUUGGAGCCUAGAACAGAUAGCUGGGUUUAUAAAACAGAACAACUAACACUGGAAAAGGAGGAGAACAUAAAAUGGAAAAACAAACAAGUGAGAUGUUCUUUGCUAAGCAGAAGUCUGAGGCCCUCAGGCAUCCAGUGCACUUUCUUUUUGGGUAUGGGGUACAAAAACAAUUCUGGUUUCUAUUUUAUUUUGUAAUGAUAUACACUUAUGCAAUUCUACUUUAGACUUUUCAGGAAAGCAUUUUUAGGUCUACAGGUGUCCUUGCAUGUAGCAAAGGAAUGUAUAUUUGGAGUCCUUUUGGUGGUUGUAUAAUGACUCUUCAGUAAUGUCUCCACCUCAAUUGAUUAAACUCUUGAUUGAUUUCUGUUGUACAGUGUUAUAUAAAAUAUAAAUAAUAUAUAUUAUUUGGGGUGAGCUGCUAUUAACCCAUUUGAAAUUCUUUAGUGUUUAACACAGUUCUAGGCUCUUGAAUUCCCAUCAGUCCCAUUUUAUUUCUGUUUAGCUCCCCCCCCCCCCACCAGCAUUCCUAUUCCAUUUUUUUUACGAUUCUCCUCCUCUACCACCACUUGCUUUAUUUAUUUCGUAUCAAAAGCAUUGCAUAAACCACUUGCUUAUUAUAGUACAAUUAAAGUAAGAUUGAUGCAGAAAAAGUGGGGCUUGCCAAAUACAUGAUUAUUUGAACUGAAGCUGCCACAGAUUGUAUUUGAAUUCCCUAGGCCAUGCGUGCAUAAUUUUGCUCUAAUACUGUUCUUUCUGGACAAUAUAUUUUGAUUGAGAAUUGGGAAGCAGAAGGGAUGCAGUGAUUCAGUUGUUCAGAGAAUGUUCACAUGAACUAUAAUUAAAAACAUAUUAAGAAUUUUGAAGUCACUGACGGAUUUGUAGAAUUAUCCACUUUUUCCUUUUCUUACAGUGGAUCAGAGCCCUCUACCUGUAAUAAAUAAUUCCUUAUUCACCUUUAGCAAAGGAAGCAUUGCAAAAGUGAGUGAAGUUUAUGUGUUGGUGAAGUUGAAAAGAGAAAACAGCUGAAGAUAAUGACAAACUGAAGAGGUUGUUAAGACAAGAUUGUAUACUGUGGGAUGGCCUUCCAUCCUGACAUUUUGUAGACAUUCUAGACUCCUACCUUUCUCAACAAGUCAUGCCAUGCUCUUUUUUUAGUUCAUGGGGGGGGGGGGGGAUUAGGUUGGAUUAGGGCAACUUUAAAAACAAAUAUAGUUGUUUGGAAAAAGCCAGUAACAAAAUGUGUUUCCCUAAGAUCAACAAUGGAAACCUCCAUGCCAUCCUGUGUAAAUCCCCUAGUCUGGGCCUACACCAAUGGUUUAAUCAUGAGCUCUUACAUUUUUCAUGUAUAAGUAGCCACGUAAGUGGGUUAUUGUAGGUUUUUUUGGGCUGUAUGUACCUCUGAGGAUGCCUGCCACAGAUGUAGACAAAACGUCAGUAUAGAAUGCUUCUAGAACAUGGUCAUACAGUCCAAAAAACCUACAACAACCCAGUGAUUCCAGCCAUGAAAGCCUUUGACAAUACAGUCACAUAAGUGCUAAGAAGCCCCUUUACCAAAUUGUUGAGAAAUGUAACAAUACCCCAGCAAGAGUGCCCAUAUGUAUUGGUGCUUAGUAAACAUUAGAACUGAUGCAAUGUAUAAAAGAACAAUGUGAUACACACCAGGAUUGAUGUAUGUUGCUGUUUGUGCAUCAGUCCCGAUGAGCAUUUGGCAUCAAUGUGUAUCUGGCACUUUGCUAGUUCUGCUACUUAGUAACAUCACAGCAGCCUUCUGUUGGAUAUGGAUGUUACAUAACUGCACAAUUCUAAUUCACACAAAUCUAAGUUCACUUAGAUAUCAGUCCCCAAAAUGAUUCUGACCAGCAAUUACAAGGUGAAGGUUAAAUAAUUUCAAUCAUUAUUGUUUAUGAUACUGAAUUUCUCAACAUGUAAUACUGAGAAAUUAUCAAUUGAGUUUCAAACCUGAGUUCAAGCUAUGGACAAGAAAAGUUGCUUAUUAGAAAGGUUCUAUAAUGCUCUGAGAAUAUUUAUCCAUAACCAAUAAAUGUGUGCCUAACAUUUUCAACCCAGAUAGCUUCUUGAAUUUUCAUUGCCCCAGGGAAAAAUUAAGAUUUUUAGGGACUUACAUAAGGAUUCUAAUCAUCUCAAUCUACCUUGUGGUUUCUUUCAUGAUUGGUCUUUCAGUGUUAGUUUUUGUAGUUUUUUUUAAUUUGGGUGUUUUCUCACAUUACAGAUAGCAUUUUCUGGCAAUAGUUAUCAGUGUGAAUUUGCUUAGAUUCUUCAUGGGUGUAUUGAAGGAAAUGAAGAUGUGUUGAUUACAUAGCCAAACCAAGAAAUAUUUUUCUAGAUGGACUGUUUUAGGACUGUUCCUGGGGUUAUUUGGGGCACUGAUUCAGAAAAUUGCAUUGUGUUCUAGUUUCUUAGAGUUAUGAUGAAGACUGGUAUAUGGCAUAUAUUCUGUAUCUCACAAACUAGAGCUGAUAGAGGAAAACUGGUACCCAUUUUGGUAUACUAAGAAACAGGUCUAAUAUUUGAUUACCAAAAUGUGUGUUGGCCAGUGUUAUAGGUCAAAAAAAUCACAAGAAAUAUUGUCAUUUACAACAUCAUGAAAUGGGCAAAAUUGCCCAUCUUACGACGCUUCCACUUCACUUGAGGCACAGAGCCUGCUACUUCUGGCGGGGCUACAUGCCUCAAGUGAAGUGAAAGUGUCACACAGGGAAGCAGUGGCAACAUGGGAGAUUUCCAGUGUUGCAUAGGAAACAUGGGGGGAGGGUUAAUGUGAGUGGUGACACUUCCCCCGUGAGGUGUGAGGGGGAAGGUGGGUGAUGCAGGGCAUGGAGUGAAGUGUUCCUCAUGCUCCAUGACAAACACCACCAGAUUUGCCACGAUAUGUGGUGAAUCCCAAUUAAUGUCAUUAGAUCCUAAGUAAUAUUUCUUUAAGGUGCUUGUAAUGUUAUAAGUUGGUGCACAAGGGUUUUUAAAAAUCAUCUUUCUGGCCCAACACUGUAUUCAUGUUAACUGGUAGCAAAAUUGGUUACCUUAUUAAAUACCCAUAUAAGAGUAAAUUUUUAGUCCAAAAAUUAACCCAAAAAGCCUGGACUGACUUAUUCUUGGGUCUUUUUCUGUGAGUACAGUACCUUAACUCUUUUCAAAAUGGAACCAUCCAUUUCUCAGAAUAAACUGGCAAAAAGUAAGCACUUAGUCCAUCCUGGGGAACCUAAAAGAAGCACAAAUUUCCUCUACUCUCUCCACAGUUGCAUGGGGCACAGCCUUAAUGUUUUUCACCCAGCAUUACUUCAGGCCUUCUUGAAUGCAUGGGCAAAUAAAUGAUGGCAGCAGCCAGAGGCAACUGGCGCCCCCGAGGUGACAUUAGUGCUUUCUCCUUUCUGCAGAAUCGACCCUCAAGUCAUAUCAAAAUUCAUACUAUAUUAAAAUGGCCAUAGCUUGUAUACAGGCAACCACUGAUGGUUCUACAUACUCUUGUACGAGGGGCCGCUGAUAAGUCUUUGGCUUUGUUUAUUAUUUAUUUAUUUAUUUCAAAGUUUUAUAUACCGAGCUUCUCAUCUCAUAAGAGGGACUCAGCCCGGUUUCCAACCAUAAAAACACAUACAAUCGGUAAAAUAUCAAAAUACACAUUACAAUAAAACAUUAAAAAAGCACAUAUAUUUAAAACUACAGUGGUCAGUCGUCAUACUAAAAUUGAAUAUACACCGUCUUCCAUCCAGAUCAUUGUCUCAUUCUUCGAAAGCCUGUCUCCAUAACCACGACUUCACCUGUUUCCUGAAUGUCAGGAUUGUUGGGGCGGUUCUAACCUCUGGCGGGAGAGAGUUCCAGAGUCGCGGGGACACUACCGAGAAGGCCCUGUCCCUCGUCCCCACCAGCCGCGCUUGUAAGGUCGGUGGGACUGAGAGCAGGGCCCCUCCAGACGUUUGUGUUCUUGUUUUGUUUCUAUUGUAACAAAUGUUACAUCACAUGAAAGCCUUAUGUGUCUAAUUUAUAUUUACAACAUUUUGCGCUUGUAGGUUAUGGCAGCAAUUAUCUAGGCACGCGGGAAAACAAAAUGGCGGAGUCUAAGAUUAUGUUCACAGCAAAUGAGAGCAGAGGAGUGAUAAAAUUCUUGUUUCUGCCAGGAAAGUCCACAAAGGAUAUUUAUGGUGAUAUGUUGCAGACAUUGUGGGAUCAAUCCCCUUCAUAUUCUACAGUUAAGAACUGGUUUGCCAAAUUUAAAAUGGGUCACUUCAGCACCAAUGAUGUGGAAUGUCCUGGAAGGAUGAGAGUGGUUGUUGUUCCAGAGAUUGUUGAUGCUAUGCACAACCUCACACUGGAGAAUCGGCAAAUUUCAGCUAAAGGAAUAGCAGACAUCAUGAGGAUUUCUCAUGAACGUUUUUGUGUAAUUAUCAAUGAACAUUUGAACAUGAAGAAGCUCUCUGCAAAGUGAGUCCCCAAAUGUUUGACAACAGAUCAGAAAAGCAUGCAAGUGAAAACUUUCCUGUCCAUUUGUCAGAGUUUCCAGACUGAUAAUAACUUCCUGGAUCAACUGGUCACUAUGGAUGAGACCUGGAUUUAUUUGUAUGACCCUGAAACCAAGGAGAAGUCAAAAGAAUGGAGGCACAGUGGUUCUCCUUGUCAAAAGAAAUUCAGGGUGCAAAAAUCAGCCACUAAGGUGACGGCAUCUGUGUUAUGGGAUAAGGAGGUUGUGCUGCUAGUGGACUACCUUCAAAAUGGUUCCACUGUCAAUGCAAGGUAUUACACUGAAAUUUUGGACCAAUUGAAGGCAGUUCUGAAGGCCAAAAGGUGCAGCAAGAUGUGCAAAGGAAUCUUGUUUCUACAAGACAAUGCCUCUACUCACACUGCACAAGUGACUAUGACAAAACUGGUGGAGCUAGGCUUCCACCUGGUUGACCACCCACCUUAUUCACCGGAUUUAGCUCCCUCCAACUAUCAUCUGUUUCCAAACCUGAAGAAACACCUCAAAGGUAUCAAAUUUUACACUAUUUCUGAUGCCAUGGCUGCUACAGAUGACUGAAAUCCUUCUUUUUGCAAGGCUUACAGAACUUGGAAUACCGAUGUAAGAAGUGUGCUGAUAUCAGUGCAGAGUAUGCAAAUGUAAAGUUUCAUCUUCCUAUCUCAUUUCUUCCUGGGUAAAGCCAAAGAUUUAUCAGCAGCCCCUCGUAGCAACCCAAAUGCUGCUGAAUAAUCAAGAAACAAAAGCAAGAACAACAGUUCAGUUUUGCACAUGAGUUCUUUUCUAAUAAGUAGCAGAGUAAACCAGAACAAAUUCUUUGCAGGGUGCAAAGCUGAAUAGUAAGCCUCAUUUUCCAGGCUUAAGGUUGCAGUGUAAUUCGAUUAAUUACAAAAUUCAGUAGCAGAUAUGUGGUUUCACACAGGUGAAAACUGCACUUAUGGGCAUUCAGAAGCCACUACAAAGCAUUGUGGGAGCUCCCAAUGGGCUCAACCAUAAUCCACUGUGAUCUAUAGAAUAUCCAUAGAAAUUCAACAACAAGUCUCACCGGGGAUGAUUUUGCCAAUUAGUAGUUGGGAGCAAAUUAGUUAUAAAAGCACAAGCUUCUUAUCCAUUGUAAACUUGACAAAGACAGAUUUACAGCACUAAGCUCUUAGGAGUUUCCCCCCAUUUCUCCACUCCAGAUAGCAAGAAUCCUGCACCCCCGUUGUUGUUUUUAAAUCAAAUUCAUAUAAUUGUAAACCAAUAGUAUUUCUUGAAAAAGUCAACUGGGAAGUCAUAUAAUCCUAGUCCUACCCUUUGCACUAAAACAAGAGCCACUUUUCUAAUAGGAUUAUUUGUUAUACUAAAAGUACCCAUAACAAUAUAGCCUAUAAUACUUCUGUUUACAGUGUACUGCACACAUACGUAAUCAGGGAACAAGAUGAAUCAUGCCAGAGGUGCCUGUAGGAAGAGAAAAAAUAGUUUAAUAUAAAAACACCAGUGGCUUAAUUAUGGACAUUGUUUUGACUUCUGUGGGGAGGUAAAUAAAUGCAGUAAAACACCUUCUAAAUAAGAUGAUAAUUGCAGCCCUCUCCAUGUGAAAAAAAGGUAUUCUAUGAAAACUUUAGGCAAAAAUGUUAUUGUCAACCAAAUACAAACUUUUAGCCAAGAUCCAAGGAGAUAUUAAAGAGCUCCUGGCUGGAUCUACAUGCCCCUGUAUCCCAGGAUAUGAUCCCAGAUCAUCUUCUUAUCCCAGAUUAUCUGGUAGUGUAGACUCAGGGCCCUUCCAGACAGUUGCCUAACCUGGAGUAAGGAAGUGGGAUUAAAAAUCUCAGUACUGUAAGCAAAAUCCUCACACUGAGCCAUUAGUUCUGGGAAAUGGUUCCACUGCAUCCACAAAGAUUUUGGUUAAUGCGGAUUGAAGGGAAUCACAAAAGGUAUAGAACUUCCACCAGAAAUUUUCUUUUAUUUUUUUUUCUUAAUGACCAUCAGAGAUGUGCUGCACUUCAGAAGCAUUUUGCCAACACUUAUGAGCAGUAAUGCACGGAUGCAGAUAUAACACACAAGCAGAUUUCCUGUCAUCGGCUUUCCUUACUCUGCUGGUGCCUUCAGGUUUGCCCUCUUGAACCCCGUUUCCCUUUAGGAUCACUUGACUGCCAUGAUGUGCCCACCAUGUAAAUUCAAACUUCAUUUCAUUUCAUAAAUAUGAGAACAAAUGAAUAGUUGCAGAGUUCUCAUGGGAAUUGCUUUCCUCUUGUGCUUCCAUUUAGCCACCAGUAUGUCCAUGACUCCAUCUGUUUACAUCAGCUGCUGGAGCAGUCUACACCAGCAUACCAUAAGUAAAUUUUAUUUUUUGGGGGGUGCUAGGAAAUACAGCUCUUUGUAGCAGCACAUUUUUGUCCGAUAUUAGAUUUUAUGUGAACAUUUUUAUCACAUGUUUGUAUGCAGUCCUGCAAUCAAACAUGCAGUUUCAGUCUAUGUUUUCUAGCCACAAACAACCCCCCCCCCAUUUUAUCCCAUUUUCUUCUGAGUUUUGGGGCUUGUGGAGAUGGAGCCUCAUAUAAUCUUAGAUUAGAUCAAAUCAGAUAAUCUGGGAUUAGAUUUUGGGAUAUAGGACAGUGUGGAUCCAGCUUCUGUCUCUCUCUGCCCCUUCUCACAUUCAGCAGCAGCUCCUCUGGCCUUGUAAGAAUCUUUAGAGGGGAAAUUCUCAGUGUUGCUGUGUGCCUUCCAAUUGUUUCCUGUUUAUAGCAAUCCUAAAGUCAACCUAUCACAGGGAUUUCGGGGGCUGUGUGGCAGGAUCUACACUGCCCUAUAUCCCAGGAUCUGAUCCCAGUUUAUUUGCUUAUCCCAGAUUUUCUGGCAGUAUAGACUCAUAUAAUCCAGAUAAUCUGGGAUCAGAUUCUGGGAUAUAAAAUACUGGAGAUCUAGCCUGUGUGUGAUUCACCCAAGGACAUUCGGUGGGUUUCCAUGUUGAAGCAAGGAAAUGAACCCUGGUUGUAGGCUAAAACCAUCACAUCAUACAGGCUUUCAAAAUUUCUCUUUCCUUGCCAUAAUAUGAGAUGGCAGGUAAGGAUUACUAUUAAAGAGCAGUCCAAGAGAGCGCAGUAUUUUACUUUAAGACUAAGGGUGGAUCUACACUGCCCUAUAUCCCAGGAUCUGAUCCCAGAUUAUCUGUUUUAAACUGGAUUAUAUGAGUCUACACUGCCAGACAGCCUGGGAUGAACAGAUCAUCUGAGAUCAGAUCCUAGUAUAUAGAGCAGAGUAGAUUCAGCCUAACAGAUUGAUCUGUGAUCAAGGAAAAGAGCCAAAUAAUACCCAAACAGGAAGUUCAGCCAGAUUUUUGAACUGCAAAAAAAUGGUUUUGAUUUUCGAUUUGAUUUAGAGAAACAAAUCAAUAAUGGAAAUUGUCAACAGGCCAGAUUUUACAUUUCUGCAUGUUGUAUUUUUUUUAAAAAAAAACUCUUUGACAAUAUCUAAUUAAUGCAGUUCUGAAAAAUAAUCUAAUUAAGAAAUAUAUUGAUUUAUGGGGGAGGGGUGUGAAGCAUUUCAUAUUAGAGGAUGUGGUUGAGGAGGCUAUUUACUAUGUGAGAUUUACUUUUGAGAUAGACAGAAAUAAUAUCGUACAAUGAAUACUGUUCAAUGGAUCAGUUCUGAUUGUCUUCAAUUCUGAACAUUUUUAUAUACGUAUGUUUGAUGCAUCGAGGAUUUACUCCAUUUAUGAAUGUCAAUCACUUGGUAACUUGUAACGGAAAUUGUGAACUGCCUGGAAUGGUAUGUUUUUACUUUUUUUGAUGAAUCAUUCAUGGAAUAGGGCUUUCCCAUCUCCUCCUGCGACAGCUCCUUCUGCUUCCCCAAAAGCUACUCUAGAAGACUGGAAAACUAUAUGGAACAUCUUGAGAUUUGACACAGGGACUAUGGGGAAAGAAUGGAAAUCCUCUUUUGAAAUGUUCUGUGAAGUGAUAUGGAAGAUACCUAAUUGCUUUAAGAUGUCUGUUUCAAGUUUUAGGCUCUUUGUGGGGCAAUUUAUAUAUAAUUAUCUGAAAGUUGGGUUGCUGGUGUGCUGGAUAGCAUUAAACCAUAGUGCGUUCCUAAGCAUGCUUACCUGGAAGUACGACUCACAGAUUUCCCUCACAUUUGCUCCCAAGAAAAUAUGCAUAAGAGUGUAUGGUUAGCAUGUUUUAAUUCUAGAAACACAUAUUUAUCUAAAUGAAAUUUUGUAAGUCUAUUAAGGGCUUGAACCAUUUGAAACCAUGAGUGGCCAUUCAUAAGUUGGGAUAUAUUAAUGGCAACAGUUCUGGUAGAUGUACUACAUGCCAUUUUGGCCUUGUCUACACUGGUGUUAUAAUGCAAAUUGAACUGGAUUACAUGGCAGUGUAGACUCAUAUAAUCCAGUUCAAUGUAGAUGUCAGAUGGGGCCUUUGUGACCUAUUGCAAGUAAUGAAAAGCUGACAGUUCUACUUGAGAAACGAAGUGAAUUUCAGAAACCAUGGGGACCUAAUUGUCAUGAUCAUAUUACAUUUGUAUGGUCUCUGCAUUUACUUGUUUGCUGAUUUGAAAUCUCUGGCUUAAAAUGCAUGUUUAGAUCAAAAUGUGACGUCACUGCACUGUCUGUAAUACACUGACAAAACAGUAACAAGAACACAUCAAAGAUAUAGAAUGUGAUCAGAUUUCUGUUAUGUAUCAGAUCAAAGAAUUUGCACAUGAUUUCUCUACAUCCAAGCCACAUCAAAAUAUGUAUUUCAUUAUUUUCUCAUGAACACAUCACUUUAAAAAUCCCACCUUGCAAUGUCUCUCUCCCUCUCUUUUCUUCUCUGCUUAAAUGUAAAGGUUGCACAUUUUGUGGUAUCUGUCUCAUUAAUUUAAAUGUCAUCUUUAUCCACAUUUUAUUAUUAAAUCUUUGCACAAUCAACUGUAUAACCAUGCAUUGGGCUCCAAGAUUGUAUAGGAGUAACAGCAAUUACAAAAUGAUAUUAUCUGUGUGUUGUGAACUAACACACUGUUACUGGAUUCUUUUUGUCCCCGUUUUAUUUUCUGUUAGGGAUAUAUGAUAUGUCACAAUGAAAUAAAAGGUUACUUUUAGUCCAGUCAAAGCAUCAGAAAUAUUUUUUGCAACAGGAAAAAAAGGGUCUGAAUUAUUAGGUUUUCUCUUUUAUUGCAAGAAUGUUUGUUCAUGCAUUCUCAUUGGUAUGCUAACACUGUGUUGUGUGUUUAAAUUAAAAUACUUUUGCUUUCCCCAGAACAUUUAAACAUUCAAAAUGACAUAUUUAGUCCUUGCUUCCUACCGUAGCAACUUUUAAAAAUUCUUUUGCAUUUAAUAGCCUUGUUCAUAGUCUAGCAGCCACUUCAGUUUCAUUUUCCAUAUUUUGCCCAGCCCUAGUGCUUAUGCUACAAAGCCAAUUCUGUUCGGCUGCACAGCAGGUCUGUGUUUUUGACUGCUGAAUUUAUGCUUGAAUUCUACUGUAAAUUGUAUAUAUUCAAAUUAGAAACAGCUGGUUGCAUUUUCUGGCAUGAAAUCUAUAACUGUAUAAAUGUACAAGUAUAUUUGGAUAAUAUAAAAUUAACAAACUCUUGUAUUCAUAAAUACUGCAAGCUCAGUUUUAUCUAAAGCUAUAUUAAACUUUCCAAAAAUGCUGGAUUUCAA